GUUUAAUAUCUUAUCACACGGGUACAGUCGUUAUGUACACUUGGAGUACAUACAUUGCGUUGAGAUAUAUCUAGGAUGUCGUUUUUGGGAAAGAAAUUUAGGCGUUCACAUUGUGAAAAUAUAAACGAAUUGGUGAAAGCUCCCAACACCCAUGACGUCAUACAAGCGUUCAAGACUUUUGCGCCGACAAUCUGCUUUACCAGGGUAGAUAAGAACACCUUUUAUAUCGACCUACAAGUGGCCAGCAAGCAUGUGGGACACACCUUCAAGCUUGGUGAGGAACAGGAGAUGGAGAGAAAAGAUGGAUCUAAGGUAAGGAUGACUUACACUAUAGAAGGCGACAACGUGUUGCACCAGAUGAUAAAGUUGCCAGAUGGAAAAACCGCGCACUUCCGGCGGGAAUUCACAGAUACAGACUGUACUAUGACAAUCAGCUUGGAAGGAUCUGAAGUCAAGGGAAUAAUUUGGUACGACAACGUUUCUUAACAUAUUAAUACUUCAUAGCAUGGUGGAAAUGUUUUUGGCCUGUUGUGCCGGUCCUUACCGUUCAGAAUAGUAUUACAUCGCCUAAGAAGGAAGACUUAUAAUUUUAAGACAAAAUUAAAUGAACUUAGACCUUUGUUUUGUUACUAAUUGUUAAACAGCGUUGGUACUCUGUAACUUCUAAUAACGACUUUAUUUUCGCGCUACUGUUGUGAUAUGACCGUUACGGUUCAAUAACCGUAAAAGUUUGUACCAGAUAUCUCAAUAGAUAUCUGGUACAAACUUUUUGCGGUGUCGCGAUUGGAAGUUAUAGAGUACGAUCACAGCUCUGUAACUUCCAGUAGUGAUGACAAAUUCAAUGUUUACACACGUGUUUUGAUAAAAUCCGUGGGCAAUCUAUUGUAAAACUAGCGCUCUCUAUUGUAAUUGAUUUAAAAUUUAAUCAAAUAUUCGAAGUUGAAUUGAAACAGUGGGCGACUAUGAGAGUAUAUUCUGUAUUGAAAUGGCAUAAAAUAAUUAUUUCGAUCGCUAGUGGAAGUUGCAGAAUACCGGUGCUAAUGUAGGGCAAUGUAUGUAAACGGAUUUCGACUAGAAGUCACUCUACGACUGUUAUUGCUAGGUUUAACAUGAUUACGCAAUGGUAUUUUCAAAAUGUGUGUGUUCGUUAUACGAACGUACUUUGAUUCGCACAGUCUGUAACAAACGUGUGUACUUAUAUACGCGUUAGAAGUAUCAACAUAAAAUCUUUUCAAAUUCUUUAUUCUGCGAUUGUAUAAAAAACGACACAGAAGGUGAAAAAGAUUUAUUAUAACGCAUUACCUAGUUAAAUAAAAUUUAUUUAAAUAUCGCAAUAAAACUAAAAUGCUGACUAUAGCUAAUUUCAGGGUGUCGGUUUUUUGGGACGCACGCAUCGGUAAAAUUUACUCUCAGCUUUUUUCUCUUACGUUCCAAAAGAAGUCACCCAGUACUGACUUUGACUGUGACUUUUGUAAUCGACCAAACGCUACCAUGUAUGAAAUAGUGCGCAAAUGAAUUCUCUAACUUAGAAUCACGGGGAUUUCGUGGAUUUUCGGGGAUUUUCACAGUAAUAUGCAGAUCAUUAACCUAUAUUUUGUUAAACGGUUAGUAACAAAGGUGUUAUGUUAGUAUUAGUAAACAAAAGUAUGAAUGAUCAACGCUUAAAUAUGUUUUUUUGUGAUCAAACAAUGACUAUGCUAUGCCGAACAAAAGCAUGCUCUUUCGUUAAGGGAGCGUAUUUAAUGUCUGCUGGGUGAAACUGAAGACUACAGAGUUGAUAAUAAUUAACAGGCCAAGGCUACCACUUUGUCUUCAAAAAUAUCAUAAAUGUCUGCAAGACAGCAUUUACAAUAUUCUUAGGCUACGUCAUAAUAAUAAUUAAACAAAUUUUUAAAGUUUGGCCCAUAUGAGAAGUGUAUCAUAAAUGCUGGCAGCAGUACCUCGCUGUAUUGCGAUAUAUAUAACGAAUAACGUUGAGCGAAGCUGUGGUCAUCGAUACAAAUGUCUGAAAUUAAUUGUAAAUAUUUUUAAUUAAUAAAUCAUGUGCGGUUUCGCUAUUGGGAAUAACAAAGUAUUGAAGAUGUUUGAAAUAGAGAAUUUUUAAUUUGAAUUAAAU